AUGUUUCAGAUUCUUCUGCUUCUAGGAUCUCUUUUGCUUCAUAAACAAGCAUCACUAGCUGCUCCUCUGGUGAUGGGUAAUUGCACCCAAACAUGUGGUGGGGUCGCCAUUCCCUUCCCCUUCGGGAUUGGGACCGGGUGUUUCCUCGACGAGUGGUACGAGAUCGUCUGCCAGGAAAGCAGCAAUGGCACCGUCCCAAUACUGAAAAAGCCCAACUUGAGGGUGCUCAACAUUUCGCUACCGGAUUACUAUGGCGGAACAAACGGCAUGAUCAACGUCAUUCUUCCUAUAAUCUACUCGCCGAGUAUGAGCUGCAGGGGCAAUGGAAGCGUCACGCCUGUGAGCUUGAAAGGAAGCCAGUUCGUCUUCUCCCAGUCGAGGAACGUCUUCGCCGCUGUUGGUUGCAACACGUUUGCUCUGAUAGAGGACACGAAGUCUGCUAUCACCGGAUGCGAGUCCAGUUGCGAAGCAGAUGACAACGUUGUUAGGAAGACUUGUUCGGGCAGCGAUGGAUGCUGCCAAACCACAAUUACCUCAAAUUUUCAAGAUUUCACCAUCACUUUCCUGGUCGACAAAAAAAAAGCAGGAGACAAUGGAUGCAGUUAUGCCUUCUUUGGAGAUAGGUCGCAGUUCAUACCUUCGACAAUGGACUUCAAUGAGUUGAGGGUGAGCGGGCGUUUUGCAGCAGUGCUAGAAUGGGGGAUAGCUAAAUCCUCAGGACCUGGGUUAGAGAUUUACGAACAAAGCUUCAUCUCCAGCAAUUUCUAUAAGUGCAGUACGGUCAGCUUCAAUUUAGCAUAUCGGAUGGAGAUGCCAUUUUUGCAGUGUUCUUGCAACAUGGGCUUCACCGGUAACCCCUAUAUUAAACAUGGAUGCGAAGAUAUUGAUGAAUGCCAAGAUCUGAACAAUCAGUGCCCUGGCAGAAAGUGUGUGAAUCGACCAGGUCACUAUGAUUGUGUAGAAGAAAGCCAUGCAAUCAAGUUUAUCCUAUUGGGUAUUGGAGCAGGCUUAGUGGCACUACCCUUGAUUCAUUUGUUAUGGCUGUCGCACAAUUUCAUGAAGAAAAGGAAACAAAUCAAGCUCAAAGAAAGGUACUUCAAACAGAAUGGGGGUCUCUUGUUGCAGCAACAACUGUGUUCGUCCGAGAACAAUGUUGACAAGAGCAAAUUUUUCAAUUCAAAGGAUUUGGAGAAGGCCACCGACAAUUUUAACGAGAACAGAAUACUUGGCCAUGGCGCACAAGGAAUCGUCUACAAGGGGAUGCUCUCAGAUGGAGGAAUCGUUGCCAUUAAGAAGUCGGAGGCAAUCAAUAUGGGAAAUGUUGAACAGUUCAUCAACGAGAUUGCCAUUCUCUCGCACAUCAACCAUAGGAACGUCGUUAAGCUACUGGGGUGUUGCUUGGAAACAGAGUCGCCACUUUUGGUGUACGAAUUCAUAUCAAAUGGGACUCUUUUCCAGUAUUUACAUGACAACCUAGUAUCGUGGGACAUGCGCCUUCGAAUUGCUACUGAAGUGGCAGGAGCCUUGUCCUAUCUACAUUCUUCGGCAUCAAUCCCGAUCUAUCAUCGGGACAUCAAGUCUACUAAUAUUCUCUUGGAUGACAAGUACCACGCAAAAGUGGCUGACUUUGGCACUUCCAAGCCGGUUUUGUUCGAUCAAACUCACGUGACUACAAGAGUCCAAGGGACAUUUGGGUACUUGGAUCCCGAGUAUUUUCAAUUGGGUCAGUUCACAGACAAGAGCGAUGUGUACAGCUUCGGUGUGGUCCUCGUUGAACUCUUGACAGGGCAAGAGCCAAUCGCAUUUCUUGGAGACGACAAGGAGAGAAACCUUGCGAGAUACUUUCUCCUCUCGAUGGACGAGAACCGCCUGUUCGACAUCGUGGACACUCAAGUUUUGAAACAAGGUAAGAAAGAAGGGAUCGUCACCUUUGCGAACCUUGCGAGAAGGUGCCUGAAGUUACAUGGGAAGAUGCGACCUACAAUGAAAGAAGUGGCAAUUGAACUCGAACGAAUUAGAAUGCUGGAAAAUCCUGCCAUCAAGCAUGGACAUAUAUAAGAGGUGUGAGACUAGUACACAUUCGAAAUCUGAGGUGUCCACACUGUCGAACUUGCAACCGCUCAUAUUUAGUGAAUCAUUGUAAGUUAGUUCUAUCUAUAUUUUAAUUUCGUAUGUCGCACUCUUUAAGAAGAACAUCAGGAUUUUGUUGUGUCAAUGUCAAAGGACAGAAUCAGCAUCCGACAUGGUAACAGUUA